CUUGACAACUGCAGCGGCAACAGUUUGGCUUGAUAUACCUUGUAAUGUGGAAUAUAGCAGCAAUAUUAUGAAUAGAUCUAUAUAUGCUUGUCAAGAAAGAGGAAUUUGUAAACACUGAAGUCUCGAUCUUGUGAUGGCUUUGAUGAAUUUCUUGUCAGCCUAGUGGUUAAACUUGUACAAGAUAUUCGAGAGGUGGACGACGAAAUCAAAAUGGCGCGAAAACCCGAUCCGGAUUACUUCAAAUAUCCAAAUAUUUUUGUCAUGAUCCUCAUCGCCUUCGGAAUGACUUUGACUGCGAUGUGUGUCUACGUUCCCGAGAAGAUACCCUAUCACUGGUUAGGAAUUAUUGGUGAUCUGGCUUGGUAUUUGGCUUACCAGAGACCCCGAGUCAUCAAAGCCAUAUGGUACAUGGCUGUAUCCAUCCAUGUUUCCGAAGCCAUUUAUGCAUACUAUCUAGCAGGGAAAAAGGGCAUUAAGGGUCGAGCUCGGAUCCAGUGGUUUAUUUUCACCCUCGGUUUCGGGAUCGGAUCCCUUGGAAACCUCCUCGCAUACGACCCCGGUUCCUCAGGCAAAUCUGUGGACGAGCUCCUCUUCUUCCACGGCAAGGAUGUUGAUAAAGAGUCGCUGCCGCAGUUCUUAAGCACCAUCAAAGUGGAAAAUGAAAUCGUCAUCUAACUGGACUGAAUAAA